AUGGAGGCAGGCUCUCAGGCAGGUGUCCUGCAGAAGCUCCUGGAUCGCCUUUGCCAGGAGAUCGACCAAGGAAAGACAUACAAAUUUCUGAAGGAAAUGUCUUCGGUUCCGAUUCUGUGCGACAGCCUGGCAGAGAUUGACUUCAGACAGACCAUCAAGACCUUGAAGAAACACCAGCUGCUCUGCGCCUUUGUGAAGGACUUGGUUGCCAAGUGGUCCCCUGGGUUCCUGCCUGGAACCCAGCCUCAGGGGGCCCAGCAGGACUUUGGCUUGAAGAUGGACCUCAGCACAGCCGGCCAGAGCAACUCUCCAGAACAGAAGGCCCAGGAGCAAGCAUCCCAAGAACCACGAGGAGAUGGGAGAGAGGACUUCUUUGGGCUCAGCAGGGUCAGCUCUGGCCGGACGUCUUGCCUGAGCCCAAGCCGAAUAUCACAAGCAAGGUCUGACCCACAGGCAUCUCACAUUCGAAGCCUGGAUGCAGGAGAAAACUGCUGCCCAGAGCAGCAGCUAGAUGGCCAGAACAUGGUGCAGGUAGGAACGUCCAGGGCAAGCCUGGGAGAGUCUUGGCUUCCUGAAGGAGCCAAGCCCAUCUCCAGAAAGCCAGGGGAGCGCAAUUGGCCUGUGUCUGGUGGACCCAGAAAGUGCCAGCCACAAGACGGCUGGGAAGCAGAGGAAGCCCCUGGAGCUGGUUCCUUGUGGCCUUGCCUCAACUGUGAAUGCUGCUCUCAUUCCUCGUUUGGGUGCCCAUACUGCAAGAGGAAGAGGGAACUCCACUGUCGGGCAGAGGCCCAGAGGCCUCCUCCAAAGGCUCAUCGAGGUGAGUCUCGAAGCUCCAAGGAUCCAAGUCCCAUUGCUUCCUGUGCCAUUGCAGAGAAGAAUCACAAAAUGCCAGUCUAUUCAGGUUUCAGGCCUGCAGCCAGACUCCAGCAGAAACCCCACCUAGGGCUCCUUGCUCAGGAGCCUGCUGGAACCAGGGAUGUUGCUCACUGCCAGGCUGACAAGGACAAAGCUGGGCCUGGGCAGCCCGAAGAGAAGUCCCGGCCCAACAUGCAGACCUGUAAGCAAACCCAAAGCCGGCCUGAAUCCCCCACAGCCAUGAAGCUUCAGGAGUCCCAAGAGGAGAGGCUGCAAGCCCUAAAAGCCCGCAUCCAAAGCAAAACGGCCAAGAGCCUGCAAGCCAGACGACGGACAAUGAUGAUCUCCUUCUUCACCCAGCCCAAGAGCCCUGGCCAACAAGGAGAGCCUGGACCCAGAGGGGCUGUCCAUGCCCAGAAUUCACACAGUCUUCCUGAGUCUCCUGCCCAUUCAGGAGCCAGGGGCGCUUCCUGCCUUUCCUCUGGAGAAAGAGGCAAGAAGAAGGCCCCAGCUCAAAGACCUGCUCCUCUGAUGGCUAAGGCGCUCAGAGAAUACAGAAAGAGCUUCCCUAAAAAGUGA